AUGUCAGCAACAAAGAUCGAGCCGAGCCAGAGAAGUCGACAAAAGGAAGAGAAGCGAGAAGGGUCGCGGUCACCGAGGCAUAAGGAUAAUCAUCCUCCAGUCAUAAACACCAUCCACUGGGGCCCGAGUGGGGGCCAAUCGGGGCAUAAGAGGAAGGCUUUAGUUCGGGAAGUCGCGCAUGAGGUCUGCACCUCGUAUUCUAAGGAGGUCGUGGUACCAAUCCUAUUUGACGAGCAUGACGCUAAAUGGAUACAUAUGCCCCACAAUGAUGCUCUUGUAAUUGCGCCAAAGAUAAACCACGUGAAGGUCAGAAGAGUUCUCGUUGAUGGUGGGGCUUCGACCAACGUGUUGUCUUUCUCAACCUACUCAGCUUUAGGGUGGGAGAAAAGGCACUUGAAGCCCAGCCCUACACCUCUGAUCGGCUUUGCAGAGGAAUCGGUCAGUGCAGAAAGGUGUAUCUCACUUCCUGUAACUUUCGACGAAGCGGAGCACUAG